CUCAGAGCAUCUCUGUCGAGUGUGGAACGCCCCCCGUGAUGGGCCACUCGGACCAAUCGCCGCUGCCCCUACACAGGAAGUCCUCCGUGCUCACUAACUUCUGCACCGAGCACAACGUGCAGGAAUGUGCGUCACGCAUCAAUCAGACAUGAUUAGCACGUUACACAAUUCAACAUGUCCAAAAAGGAGUAGGAAGAAGCGGAGCUUAUGUAGUCCUACUCAGUCCUACCCCGUCUCCAUUACUGAGAACUCCUUCACACCAAAACAGAAGGAAGUGUUGAAAAAAUCCAAUGAAAAUAAGCAAUAAGAGUAAAAAAAAGACAGACUACAGCAGUGAUGAAGGGGAAAAAGAAAAGAAAAUAAGUUAAAAUAAAUAAUAAUAAAAUUAAAUAAUAAGAAUAAGAAUAAAUAAAAUAAGAAUAAAUAGAAUUCAUACCACAUAGUAAGAAAAAAAAUAAAAAUGACAAAGUAAAUAAUUAGAAUAAAUAAAGAAUAAAUACAAUUAAUACCAAAUAAUGAGAGGAAAAUCAAAUACGUUAAAAAACAAAGAUAAAACAUGAAAAUGACAAAGUAAAAAAUAACAAUAAAUCAAUUAAGAAUAAGUAGAAUUAAUAUCAAAUAAUAAGGCAAUUCAAUAAAAAAACUGAAUAUCAAACGUAAAAAUUACUAAGCAAAUAAUUAGAAUGAAAUAAUAGAAUUAAUACCAAAUAAUAAUAAAUAAAUGAAAUAAGUUAAAAAAAAUAAAGAAAAAACAAUAAAGUGACGAUGCGUAAAUAAUAACAAUAAAAAGAAUUACGGUAAUACCAAAUAUUUUAAAAAUGACUUAGUAAAUAAUAAGAAUAAAUCAAAUUAAUACAAAAUAAUAAGAAAAUGAAAUAAGCCAAAAUAUGACAAAUAAAGAUAAAACAUGAAACUGACUCAGUAAAUAAUAAGAACAAAUUAAGAACAAAAAUAAAUAGAAUUAAUACUAAAUAAUAAGGAAAAAAUGAAAUUCACAAUUGUAGUAGUCAAUGGCUGAGUUUGGAUGAGCCCGCUCUGGCGAUUGUAUGCUUCCAUCUGUGGUUUGGGGAAGGCUCGUUUCUCUUCCUGCAAGGCCCAGGAAGGCUUGCUCGGAUUGUGGUGUGGAAGGUCUUCUGUUCAGACAUCUUUGGGUUGAAAUGAAAACGUGUGAUUGUGAGUCAGAACCUCCCUCAAGGUCCGGUGCCAAUGACCAACGACCUUGCAUUCCGCACCCCAUCUUCUUGUGUCCCCAUGGUGUACUGGACAUUGAAGCGUAGUGUGUUAAAACCUCUGAGAAGCAGCGAUUCACAAGAUGUUGCGUGCCCUCUCUCCUCAGGAGGUGUUAUCGCUCGGCCUAGCGCCGGUUUGGGUGCAGUCAGGUGACAGCUCUGACAUGAACGUGGUGUCGGUGCUCAACUGCAUGUACGAGCUGCUUCAGCUGCACCGUAGGGGCCUCCAAACCCUGGAGAACAUGGAGAUGGAGCAGCUGAAGUCCAGCAACAACGUGGACUCGCUGCAGCUCACUAGCACACGGCUGAAGGAUCAGCUUGAACUUUCCAAAAGAGAGAACACGGGACUUCUUGAGCGGGAACGACAACUCCAGCUGAAAGUGAAGAGCUUGCAGAACUGCCUGAAGAACGAAAAAGACGAGAUCCACAAACUGCAGAACAUCGUCUCCAGCCGGGCCAGCCAGUACAAUCACGAGAUGAAGAGGAAAGAGCGAGAACUGAACAAACUGAAAGAGCGACUGAAUCAGCUCCUGGCUGACAAGAAGGAGAAGAAACUAGCCAUCGAUGUGUCAAACAAACUAGGACGAGUUGACGGCAGGAGAAGCCUCUGGAAGACUGAAAAGACGGAAGCAAAGCAUGAGGGCGACAUGUACAAAACUCUCCUCAGGGACUACGAGAGCCGGCAGGGAGACCUGCUGAUGGAAAAUGCAGAGUUGAGGAAAGUGUUGAAGCAGAUGAAAAAAGACAUGGCGGUCAUUCUGGCUUCCAGGAAGUCAUCUGUGAAAGGAGACAGAAGCGACGAUGGUGCCGUGGAAGCAGACUCAGAUGAGGAAGAAGCGUUUGACUGUGGUAAGGAGGCAGUGGAGCUGUUCAGUGUUCACACGCGGGAGAAGCUGACCAACAGUGUUCGACGCCAGUGGAGACGACUGAAGAACCACGUGGACAGACUGGACAGCCGAGAAUCCUUGGCAUCAUCAACAGGUGAGAGUGAAAGCACUGACACCGUUGCCCAAAGCCCGUCAAAGGAAAUGGACAAACUCAAGCAGGAGGUGCAGCAGUGCAAAGACUACAUUCAGACGCAGCAGGACGUCCUGCAGCAGCAGCUCAGCUCUCAGUGCGAUGAGACCACCACCACCGCCAUGCCGGGCGACUGCUACACGCCGCAAGGGAAAGAUGGCCCCCGAGAGGAGUGGAAGACCCUCCAGGAGCAGAGAAAGAUCUUUGAGCAGGAGAGGAGGAACUUCACAGAAGCGGCAGUUCGACUGAGCCAAGAGAGAAAGACCUUUGAGGAAGAGCGUGCUGUCUGGCUCAAGCACCAGUAUCUCAACGUGAACCCAAAGAAACCCACAAGGUCCAAGUCACAAUGUGCCUUUCAGAUAUCAGUCUCAGUAGGGAAGCCCAGACUUCCCGGUCCCCGACCACCUCCUCCAGCUCCACCGGGAGGACACCAAGGCGUUCCCAGGCCAGCUGUGAGACAAUCUCUCCAGUGUGUCCUAGGUCUUCCCCGGGGCCUUCUCCCGGCUGGGCAUGCCUGGAACACCUCACCAGGGAGGCGCCCGGGAGGCAUCCGGACUAGAUGCUCGAGCCACCUCAGCUGGCUCCUCCUCUUCAUGCGAAGGAGCAGCGGCUCUACUCUGAGCUCCUCCCGGAUAACCGAGCUCCUCACCCUGUCUCUUAGGCUGAAACGGAGCACAGUGCAACAUCGCCUCCAGAACGGCCCAUCACCUCCCCCGCACCAGCGCCAACACCAGCACCCGGCGUAUCGUCCUCCACAUGCGACCUGCUGCACACGCUCAGCCUCAUGUGUGAAAACAGCUCCACCAAACCAAAGAGAAGGACGGAAGACGCGGGAGACGCGAGCUCCUCGUCGGCCCAGCACAGAUGGUGGAUCGGCGGCGACGACCACAGCGGCCUCGUGUUCACGGGGGAAGAAAACGGCUCAGUUUGAGCAAUCAGGACCGUGCAUGAGUCAUGUUUGGUGCUGUCUCAGUUCAUGCCAAACUAUUGAGACUUGACUUUUUAUUAUUUGAUGUGAAGCGGUCAUCAUGUGUUUUUUGAACAGAAUGAAUGUAUUUAUUUAUUACAAGUAUUAGUUCUCACUCCAAGAAGGAGAAGCUGCCUCAUCCUAGUUGGUUGCUCUCCUCACAGCCAACAAGCAGCAGAGUGUUUCAGGACAUAACGUGGAUGCAUGCAGAGCAGCCGUGAAUGGUGGGCGUGUCUCCUUUCUGGGAGCUUUGUAUCAUGUUCAUUGUCACUUCCAUCACAAUCAGCUUUAUUGGCCAAGUAAAUCUUGGCUUCCGUUAAAUUAGCCCUCACUGUACAUACACACAGACACUAAAGAAAUAAAGCACUGAUCAUGGUAAUUGCUUUCCUUUUCUUUGGCGCACCGCCGCUUGGGCGACAUUACGAAGCAGACACACGCCGUGAUCAUCCGCCCAGCAUGAGGCAUGCGUUGCAUUGUUGUGCUGUGUGCAGCCCACAGGGGUGGGGACAUUUUAAGUAAAACAUUACAGAACUCAGUUAAAAAUAACAUUCCAAAUUAGGGCCAAAUGAUUACAAAUUGUAAUCAGAUUAAGGAAUCAUGAUUAAUCUCCCAUUGCACCUAUGUGUGAAAUCUGCCCAUUUUACUGUAGUUUAUGAACAAAAAGAUAAAUGAUCCAAAAGAUAAACGAUAGUACACAAUUCCGUAUACAUUUGUAUGUACUAACAGCUCCAAAUAAACUGAACAUUUAACCCAAGAUAAAAGAUAGCACAAAUGGCAUUUGGUUUUGUUUCAGUGUUGUUGUUUUCUGUGUGUGUGUGUUUAUGGUUAUUACACAUUAUGGUUAUCACAUAUUAUUCCUGUGGUUUUUGUUCAAAUAUAUUUCUAUAUCAGAAAAGAGCUUAUUUCUAUUUCAUAACACAAACAAAGAUUUUAAAACUUGUCUCUUCGAUGAUUCAUAUUUUGUACAGAUGAGAGCAUAGUGAAUUGUAUGAAAGUAAGAAUAAAAAGUAAAGGAUCAUGACCAUGGAUUUUAGUGGAAAAAAGGGAUGGGAUAUGCAGUUCAAAUGAAAAUCUCUUUCUAGAGGAGUAAAACUAUCAUUGCUAUAGGGGAGUGCUGAGCCAGGGUGCACAGUAGAAUUUUGUCCCAAAGGCAAUGAGAAUUGGAAGGGAAAAGUACAUUUAAUAUAGCCAAAAGAUAGAGAAU